UACUUCCGCCCAGCAGGCGCCAUUUUCGCCCUUCUUGUCGCGGAGGUACGGCAUGCCGAUGUCAAACAGAUAAUAAGACUAAGAUUUAGCGUUCUGUGACCUCUGUUUCAGUAUUUACACACAAUGGGACGAAAGAAGAAGAAGCAGAUGAAACCAUGGUGCUGGUACUGCAAUCGAGACUUUGAUGAUGAAAAAAUCCUCAUUCAGCAUCAGAAGGCAAAGCAUUUUAAAUGUCACAUUUGCCACAAGAAAUUAUACACUGGGCCCGGUUUGGCUAUUCACUGCAUGCAGGUGCACAAAGAGACUAUUGACAGCGUACCAAAUGCAAUUCCAGGAAGGACAGACAUAGAACUGGAAAUUUAUGGCAUGGAGGGAAUUCCAGAGAAAGACAUGCAGGAAAGGAGACGAACAUUAGAACAGAAGUCACAAGAGAGCCAAAAAAAGAAAAAUCAGGAUGACUCGGAUGAUGACGACGACGACGAUGAAGCAGGACCAUCGACCCAGCAGGUUGCUGCCAUCCAGCCUCAGGUGGGCUAUGUCACACCAAUGACCCAACCUGGGAUUCCUCAUGUGGCUGGUGCACCUGGGAUGCCUCCUGCAGGAUAUCAAGGAAUGCCUCCUAUGAUGCCUGGUGUUCCUCCCAUGAUGCACGGCAUGCCUCCUGCAAUGCCUGGGAUGCCACCAGCCAUGAUGCCAAUAGGAGGGAUGAUGCCUCCCAUGAUGCCAGGGAUGCCCGGUAUUCCUCCAGGAAUGCCCCCUCACAUGGCUCCAAGACCAGGGAUGCCCCACAUUGCUCCAGCCCCCGCAGCGGGACCAAUACCCAGCCGACCAGCAGUGCCGGCAGCUCAGCCCUCUGUCACCAAACCCCUCUUCCCCAGCGCAGCACAGAUGGGCUCUGGUGUUCACAGCAACACAACAGGCGUUUCUUCUCCGCCUGCAGACCUUCAGUCUGCCUCCUCCCAGACUCCCCUUUCUAACAUGCCCCAAGCCCAACAGAGCGCUUCAGGAGCUACAGCUUCAAGUUCACUCAGCUCUGCCGCCUCCUCUGACCCUCCCAAAGCAACAUUCCCUGCCUACACCCAGCCCUCUGUCUCCUCUUCCUCUUCCACUUCUUCUAAUCCCUCUAGCAGCACUGUGGCCAAACCCCCCGCCACAGUGACCAGUAAGCCUGCCACCCUCACCACUUCGAGUGCAACUAGUAAGUUGAUCCACCCUGAUGAGGACAUCUCACUGGAGGAGAUGAAGUCCCAGUURCCUCGUUACCAGCGUCUCAUACCCAGGUCCGGUCAGGCCCAUGCUGCUGCUCCCCAAGUGGCAGCUGUGGGGAGCAUAAUUCCCCCACAGCAAGGCCUGCCACCACAGCAGCCUGGCAUGAGGCAUCCCCUGCAUGGUCAGUAUGGCGGCCCCCCUCAGGGCAUGCCCGGCUACAUGCCUGGAGGGAUGCCUCCCUAUGGGCAAGGACCUCCCAUGGUUCCCCCUUACCAGGGAGGACCUCCGUUGGGUAUGAGGCCGCCCGUCAUGUCUCCGGCUGGACGCUACUAAAGAAGCAAAGCAGCCACCACAUUAGGUUUGAGGUUAACACCUUUCUCUCACCCAUGUGCUUUUUCAAACCUAGCUGCAAGCAAAGAGCAGUAAGACCAGUGGUGGUGAAGACAAACAUUGUCUGUUUAAAACGCAUGGACAUUCAUUGUAACAUGUUUAUUGGAAAGAGAAAAACAAAAUGGCCAAACACCACAUUAAUACCUAACAGCUUUUUGGUGUUCCUUGAUCACAUGUGAGGAUAUAUUUUUUUCCCACUCAGGUUCAUAGAGGUGAAGUGUGUAAAAAUGAUUCGUAUUUCUUUUGAAGCCGCUGGAGUUACAUGAACAUGCCAACCCCUUACAAAGGCAAGUUUUUUUUUCUUGUGAACAUUUGAUUAUUUUUAUUUCUUUGUUAGAGAGAUUGAGGCCCUCACAGCGCGCGCAGGUGCUGUUGGACAUUUCGUCCCCAACUUUGGUUGGUGAGGGUCUCAGUGAUGAUGAUUCCAACUGAGUAGUGUUUAAAUUUGUCUCAUAAGUUUCUAGCUUUAUUCCUUUUUUCAGGUUUGUUUUAAUAUUUCGUGGUCAAACACCUACUUGUAUGCAUCCUUUGUAAUGUUUUAUCAAUCUGUUGUAAUAAAAUCCAUCUUGAAAUCUAAUGCUGGUUUGUCCUGACGUACGUGGAGGUGAGUCGCAAAGGUUUGUACUGGUGUCUACACUUUUUAUGCCUCUGACAGGAUUUCAUCAGGUAUUUAAAUACAAAGGUUGUCAUUGUUUGUGUCUUAUUUCCUCACCCACCUGUCAUCGUCAUGAUAAAACUGUUUUAACAUGUGGUAAAGAUGUCAUUCACCAAACUCGUGCACCUAACUCAAAAGAUUUAGGUUAACUUUAGGUUUGAAAUAUGACAUCUAACUCAUGAUUGAAGGACUUUCAUGUUACGUUUGAGUAGCUUUAGUAGAAAUGGACCACAAWAAUUUUUUUUAAAUUUUAUUUUUGUACACAUGCAUUCUUGCCCUCAAACAUGCAUGAACACCAGUGUCAAAACCAAAACGCCCAACAAUACAGAAGGUCUUUGUUUAAUCUUGUGCAGCUGUUUUAUAAUCAAAUAUAAAGUUAAAUCAAUGUUUAGCUAAAAACCUUUUAUUUCAAAGGCUGGUCCAUAAGUAACUUGUAGUAAAGGCACCCCUUGAAGGUGGUUUUGAAAUAUCUUCCCAGCACAAAUCUUUAGUAAGGAUUUGCUGUGGUGAGGGUCGGCUUCUGAAUGUUAAUUACCAGCAUUAAUUGCUGCAGUUCCUGUCUUUAUUGUUGGGUGAUACGUUUUGUCCAUCUUUUGUAAUUAUCCACUAAGUCUUCAACAUUACCUUCCUGUGGUGGAGAUUGUUCUGCUAAAAGCAAUCUAAUCUGUUAAAGAGUUAAAGACUAGAACACGUUGGCGUUAGCGGUUCACACAGGAAGCACAUGUUAUCUGUAGUGUUGCAGACAUUUUCCUCUGGCCAAUUCACUUACCGCUUUGUAUUUGUUUUUGUCUGUAGCCCAUCCAUAUGAGCUUUUCAGCCUUAAAACCCAGUCAGCUGGCAUGACAGGUCAGUUAAAUCCUGUAAGUACCUGAUGUUCAAUAUAGUUUGGGUCUGUCCCCUUACAGAUGGAUGCUGGGACAUGUACCAUGUACUGUAUUCUAUAGUGUUCUGAGUAUUUGAUCUAUCAGAAAUGGCAAAUAGAACGACGGAGUGUAAAAAUAAAAAGUACACUCUUGUCCUGUCUGGCAUGGCAUCUACUAACUUGGUAAGUAGAAGUCCUUGUUCAGGUUUUGAGUUCUCCAGUGGUGUCUGACGUGGUUCAGCUGGUUUAGUACCUCCAGUCAUGAGAACUGCACAGUUUUCAAACAUUUAGUUUCACCUUUUCUCACAUCGACAUCAUUUGUGGUGAUUAUGUGUAGAGAGGCUUUAGUUUUAUGCAGUGAAAUCCUUAAUUUAAAGCUUUAUUUUCUAUUUAUAUUUGUUAAAAUAAGAAAGUAAAAGAAAAUGAGUUACAAAAAGUCAUUUUUGUCAUAACUCUUAUUUCUUGGACCCUUGAGGUAAUCUAAAGUGGAUCCCAAAGUUAAGUGUCAAACACCACGGUGGGUCAUAAAUUGUGAAGUUUGGGUCUUGAGAGGGUUUCCAGAAAUUUUAAAUUGGACCAUGAGCAAGAGCGUCUUGUCAAAUAGUCUUAUUAUGUCACUUUAAUUGGCUUGUUUGAUCAUUUUCCAGUUACUGAUGCACAUGUAAAAAAUGGGCAUCAAAUACAAUCAGUGGUAAAAAAUUCCUGAUUGGUUAUUUUUUACUAAUUAACCAGAAUUAAAACAUGAAAGGCUUGUUAAGGUGGUUAAAUGUUUCAGUAAUAUUUUUGUAGUUACAAAUCUCUGAAACUUUUUGUUUUAAGUUGUUGAAAACUGAUGUAUUCUUUUUUUAUUUUAGGUUGCAUUUUUGAGGUAGGUUUGUUUGAUGGCAGAUCUAAAAGGUUUCAGUAAGAAUAUUUGCUGUAUUAGAGAACUGAAGCAAUGAUGAACUAAAUUAAACCACAAACAGACACCACUAGAGAUGGUUGGCGAAUUGGCUUUUUGUCUGGGUUUUCUGAUCAGUACCAUGUUUGACCAAUUGUUUCUGUUUGUUUCCGAUGAGUUUUUGUCUUUGUAGUUAAAAAGAAAAUGCUGUUUAGUAGAACGUAAAUGCUUAUCUGUAAAUGAAAAUGUGAUGGUGUGAGGUUUAUUUGUUUUAAAAAUAAAAGCAACUACAUUAUUCU